UUGUCGACGGCGUUGCUCUCGCUCGCGUUUAUGAUCGUGCAUUGUUUUCAUCGUGAAUUGUAACGUAAACACCCGUGUGUGUCAUCCAUCUUUCUCGUUGUCGUAAAAACCGGUUGACGCACCGGGAGAACGCCGAAGGAGCGCAGAGGUGAAGAGCAAAAGCGGGUGUCGAAAGCCAGAAUCAAGGAGUGAACUGUUAUACUGUAUUAAGCACGAUCGCGGUGAUCGUGUGACCACGCUAUAGGCCACGCUGUUGUCCACGCGAGUGGUGCACGUUGAACGAUCGAUUUGGAAUCUAGCAAUCAACAGAACGGAGCUGCCAUCACAACGAUUACUUCACAUGUGGACAUCGCCGUCGCGACUCAGGAUCGGCCGGGCACCUAGGAAAAAGAUAUAGCCUUCAGCUGUACCAUCAGCCGCGCCCAGUGAAGAAUGGAGAACACCGAUGGAUCCAGAAGAAAACUUUCUUUUCUUAGUUUUGGUAAACGAAUAUCGAUUGACGGGCAUGCUGCGGAAACAGGACCGGAACUCGACGAGGAGAUGGAGAAGGUCUUUGCGAUGGACGCCGGGGAAAAGUUCGACGUAGCCCGUCUUGGAUCACCUUCGGAAUCGACUGGAUCUGAUCGAGAUCGCGAUCGUGGACCAUCUCUACGAUAUGGUGGCGAUCGCGAUUUCAAUCAAUAUCGUAAAAAAAGCUAUCCGCAUCCGCAUACGCCCUUGAAGAGUCUGCAUUCCAGAUCUAUGCGACGACACCUUUCUUCUGAAGGGUCAACAGCGGAAAUGUCUAUCGAAGAGGACCAUGGCAAUAUCCAAGCGGAGAACGAGAAAGUCGACGAGAUGAAUCGUGAAUUUCGAUCGAUCAUCACAGCAGAAACCGAAACCGAAGUUGAUGAAGAAACAGCCAAAAAUGUAAGCAAUAACGAAAACGAGGCGCCGAUUUCAGAGAGGGCGGCUUCCAGUUUCAGUCCAAUCAUCGGCAGUCCGCCGAGAGUACAAUUUGAAAAGAUUAAGGAAGAAGAUGCAUCGAAUACGCAAACACUGGAAGUGCCAACAGAUACCAUUCUGAGUGGCCACGAGGAAGACCGGAAUCGCCGACGGCAUCAGAAGCACGAACAUAAACGUCACCAUCACAAAUCUCGCAAAUACUCUCUACAGGAAGAUCCGCAAUGGCGAAAACGAUCGGGAGCCGGUCUUCCAGAUAGUUCGAACUUGCUGGCUCGACGUGUCAGCGUCCAGCCAGAAGAAGCAAGCACUUUGCAAGAACUCGACAUCGAUGAUUUGGAAUCGCAUCGUAGUGAUGAUCCACGUGGCAUGCGUCGGCACAAAGCCGCUUACUCGACUGUGCAGAUCGGCCGACGAAAGGAGGGCGGCAUUUUCCAUGACACCUUCAAGAAAAUGUAUGAUCAUUCGCCGCACGAAGUAUUUGUCCAACUGGACGAGCUACAUGGUUUGGGCGAAGAGCGUGAAUGGCGAGAGACCGCCAGAUGGAUUAAAUAUGAGGAAGACGUUGAGGAGGGUGCUGACAGAUGGGGCAGACCUCACGUGGCUUCUCUUAGUUUUCAUUCACUACUGAAUCUUCGCCGAUGUCUAGAAACUGGUGUGAUUCUUCUUGAUCUGGAGGAAAAGGAUCUGCCUGGGGUGGCUUAUAGAAUAGUCGAGCAAAUGGUCAUCGAAGAGCUUAUCCUAGCCCAAGAUAGACCGGUCGUGAUGAGAGCACUCCUUCUCAGACACAGGCAUGUGCACGAACAUGAACGUGGUUUCCGUUUCGGUGGCAAGAGGAGCUAUUCUAGUUACACCAGCCUUCAGUCCAUCUGGCUGGAGGAAGAAGAUGCUGCGCGGGAACCUGCUGAGAACCAUGUAACACAACAUAAUCUACACGAUGCGAAGCCGAAGAUCGUAUCAUCGAACUUGGCGCUCGACAGCAAUCAUACAAUGGUCGAUAUCAGAGAGAAAGAAGAGUUAACGUACAUGAGCAGUAACGAAGACUUAAAGAAAGGUCACAAUGAUUACAUCCUCAAAAGAAUCCCAGCCGGUGCUGAGGCAACAGUCGUACUUGUCGGUGCUGUCGACUUUUUGGAUCAGCCAACGAUAGCCUUUGUACGAUUAGCCGAAGGUGUACUUAUGCCGUCCAUUACGGAGAUCACGAUACCGGUCAGAUUUAUGUUUACCUUAUUAGGACCGAGAAAUGCAGAUCUGGAUUAUCACGAAAUUGGCCGGUCCAUCUCCACUCUGAUGGCAAACACGACAUUUCACAAAGUCGCUUAUAAAGCCAACGAGAGACGAGAGUUGCUUUCAGCUAUUAACGAGUUUCUAGAUGAUUCGAUUGUAUUGCCACCUGGCAAUUGGGAAAGACAAGCUUUGCUACCGUUCGGUGAGCUUAAAGCGAAGAGUGAGGCUAUCAGGAAUCGGAAGGCGAAAGCGCUCGAAGAGAAAAGCAAACCGGAACAAGAUGAGGCAGCCGCAAAAAAAGCUCUUCUCGCCGGCGAAGAGGAAAAGAAAUCAUCAGAAGACGAUGAUGAUCCAUUGCGACGUACGAAACGACCAUUCGGUGGCCUCAUCAACGACAUUAAGCGUCGUUACCCUUUCUAUUUAUCCGAUUUUAAGGAUGGUUUGAGCUCAUCUUGUCUCGCGGCAGCUAUCUUCAUGUAUUUCGCCGCGUUAUGCGGCGCCAUCACAUUCGGUGGCUUGAUAAGUGAUAAGACACAAAAUGUAAUAGGCAUUUCCGAGACUCUUAUUUCCGGUUCUUGGACGGGCGUGAUAAUGGCAUUGCUCGGCACUCAACCGCUUUUGAUUAUCGGCACGACUGGUCCGCUGUUGCUCUUUGACGAGAGCUUAUACAAUUUCUGCUUGGCGAACGAACUUGAGUUUCUCACCGUACGGGUAUAUGUUGGCGCCUGGAUGGGUAUCAUCGCCCUGGCAAUCGCCUGCAUCGAAGGUUCCGUUCUCUUGCGACUCUUCACGCGCUUCACCGAGGAGAUCUUCACUGGAUUGAUUUCUAUCAUUUAUAUCGUUGAAACGUUUAUGAAGCUUUACAACUACUUCGUGCGCAAUCCUCUUCUUCACGAAUACAGCUUUGGGCCGGACACCAACAAUAUAACUUAUCCGCUCUACGUUGCUGAAAUGAAGGUUACUCAAUCGCCAUGGAAUGGAACUGAAGAAACCCUACGCUUGGAAAACGUUCGCGAACUUCUACCGAGUCAUGAUAGAAUUAGGCUGCCAAUUAAUCAACCCAAUACAGCUUUAAUGUGUACUAUCCUUUGUCUAGGCACUUUCCUGGGUGCCUACUACUUGAGAAUCUUUCGCAACAGCCAUUACUUAGGCCGUAAUGCUCGAAGAGCCUUCGGAGAUUUCGGCGUGCCUAUUAGCAUUGUCGUUUUUGUUUUGAUCGACUAUCUACUUAUGGUAAAGACGGAAAAGUUGCUGGUACCCGAAGGACUUUCCCCAACUAUGCCCGAUAGAAAUUGGUUCGUAUCUCCUAUCGGAUAUGAAAAACCUAUACCGCUUUGGAUGGCUCUAGCUUGCGUGGUGCCAGCUUUCCUGGUUUACAUCUUGGUUUUUAUGGAGACUCAAAUAUCGGAAUUGAUUAUCGAUAAAAAGGAGCGAAAACUGCGAAAGGGCGCUGGCUAUCAUAUGGACAUCGUAGUAGUGUGCUUGAUGAAUAUAGGAUGUGGACUGAUGGGUGCACCUUGGUGCUCCGCUGCGUCGGUACGCUCCCUCACCCACGUAUCCGCCCUAACCGUAAUGUCACGCACUCACGCGCCUGGUGACAAGCCGCAUAUCGUUGAAGUGAAGGAACAAAGGGUGAGCGCCCUCCUGGUCGCGAUACUUAUAGGCGUGAGUGUGCUGAUGGCACCAUUGUUACGGCGGGUACCGAUGUCCGUCCUUCUUGGUGUGUUUCUCUAUAUGGGGAUCUCAUCAAUGAAUGGCGUACAGCUAUUUGACCGCGUCAAACUGUUUUUCAUGCCAGUCAAGCACCAUGGCACGGCAAAUUACGUACGCCGUGUGCAAACCUAUAAAAUGCACAUUUUCACCCUCAUACAAAUCUUGUGCUUAACUGUAUUGUGGAUUGUCAAAAGUACCAGAGCCGCCCUGGCCUUACCUUUCUUCCUUAUUCUGAUGAUACCGUUGCGCGCUCAGAUGAGCUAUUUCUUCACUACUGCAGAGCUACGUGCUCUCGAUAGUAAAGGAUCCGAACACGAUGUCGAGGAUGAGCUGGAUUUUUACGAAGAAGCUCCUCUACCUGGUUAGAUUGUGCCUUAAUCGAUUAUCCAAUACCACAUCUCUCUUCCUCCCUCCCCCUCCGUUUCUUUCUCUCUCAAUUCAUGUACUUCCAAAAUUAUCUAUACUCAUUACUUAUUUCGCAUCUCUCAAAGUUCUUAUCUACCACUAAUUCAUAAAUACAGAGUUCUAUUACUUUUAUCAAAUUGGAAUAUGACGUCCAUUAAUAGAGUCCAUUGAUAGGUAGCUGAAAGCAAUGUCAUAUAUACACCGGGUGUUUUAGACUACCCGUACAUCCCUUUCAUCUUCGCAGGAUAAGGUCCAAUCGUAAAAGUGUUCAGACAAAAGUUGUAGAGUUUGAAAAGAUCUAUUUACUAAUCUUAUUAAUUUGAUCUUAGGUAGCGUCAAGGUCACGUCAAUUUUCUUUAAUAAAACACCCAACUUUUUAUUUCAGUAACUAAUAGCCGCUCUCAAGAGCUUUUCAAAACAUUAUAAUAAAGUUAUUUUCCAUUGAGUACUUUUCGAAUUAUAGAGCAUACAUUAACAUUUGUCAUUCAGAUUAAAGUUAUUGGUUGUAUCUUAUUUUCAUUUUUGCACUAACAAUUCAUUUUUUAUCCUGCGAAAAUGAAAGAGGGUGCACGGGUAAUCUGAAACACCCGGUAUACAUAAUACAAGUAAAGAUAUGAUGUAUAUAUAUGCACACGCGCGCGCGUGUGUGUGUGUAUACAUUCGUCGACAAAAUUAUCACAUAGAUAAAUUUAUAUCAAAAUUUUGCAUAAAUUCAAAUAACCGUAAUUU